AUGGAAUUAACAAAGGAGCAGAACAAAGGAACAGAACAAAGAUCUCGAAACAGCUUAAACGAGGAAAAUAAGGUGAUAAUGAUUCCGGAACUUGGGAGGAGGCCGAUGGUUAGAGGUAACGAAGAUUCAUCUUUUGGGGAUGAUUAUCAGAGAGAGAUUGGAGCGUUGCUCGGAGAGCAGCAGCGACGGCAAGAUGAAACUGAUGAGAUCGAGAGAGAGCUUAACUUGUACAGAAGCGGCUCUGCUCCGCCGACUGUGGACGGCUCUGGUAGUGCUGCAGGAGGGCUUUUCAGCGGCGGAGGUGGGGCCCCUUUUCUGGAGUUUGGUGGAGUGAAUAAGGGAAAUGGGUUUGGAGGUGACGAUGAGGAGUUUAGGAAAGAUCCAGAGUACUUGUCUUAUUACUAUGCUAACAUGAAGUUGAAUCCGAGGUUGCCUCCACCUUUGAUGUCUAGGGAGGAUCUGAGGGUUGCUCAGAGGGUUAAAGGGAGUAGCGCCGUGUUAGGUGGAAUUGGGGAUAGGAGAAAAGUGAAUGAUAGCAGGUCUUUGUUCUCUAUGCCGCCUGGUUUUGAUCAGAUGAAGCAGCAGCAGCAGCAAGAGUUUGAGGCUGAGAAAGCCAAUGCUUCCUCUUCUGAUUGGGAUGCUAAUGGAUUGAUUGGUUUGCCUGGCUUGGAUCUUGGAGGCAGACAGAAGAGUUUUGCUGAUAUCUUUCAGGUCGAGCAGCCACCACAAUACAGCUAUGCAGCUAUUCUCGGCUCUUCAUUGUCUAGAAAUGGAACUCCGGAUCCACAAGCCAUUGCUAGGGUGCCUAGUCCCUGCCUUAAUCCAAUCGGGAGUGAGAGAGUGAGUUCAAAUGAUAAGAGGAACGCAAGUAACCAAAGCCCUUUCAACGGUGUUUCAUCCGGUCUCAACGAGUCUUCUGAUCUCGCAGCUGCUUUAUCUGGCAUGAACCUGUCAGCCACUGGCGGGUUAGAUGAACGGGGCCAAGCUGAGCAAGAUGUCGAGAAGGUCAGGAAGUAUAUGUUUGGAAUGCAAGGUGGGCAUAACGAAGUCAACCAACACGGGUUCCAAAACAAAUCUGAUCCUUACCAGCAUAAAGCAACUGGUUCUUGGAGGAAUUCACAAUUGAGAGGGUCACAAGCUUCUGCUUAUAACGGUGUAGGGGGAUUACCUGGUCCUUACCAGCAUCUUGAUAGCCAAAACUAUGGUCUGAACAACCACGCAUUAAAUCCAGCUGUAGCUUCUAUGAUGGCUAGCCAACUUGGGACUAGUAACUUUCCUCCAAUGUAUGAAGAUGUUUCCGCUUUGGGAUAUUCUGGAAUGGACUCUAGGCUUCAUGGAAGAGGUCAAAACUUCCCUGAAUCACGUAACCUUGGCAGAGUCAAUAAUCGAAUGAUGGGAGGAGGUCCUGGUCUUCAGUCACAUAUUGCAGACCCAAUGUAUCAUCAGUAUGCUGAUUCGCUUGAUCUUCUUAAUGAUCCUGCAAUGGACAGGAGCUUUAUGGGUAAUUCAUACAUGAAUAUGGUUGAACUUCAGAGGGCUUAUCUCGCAGCUCAGAAAUCACAGUAUGGCGUCCCUUACAAAUCUGUUAGCCCUAACAGCCAUAGCUAUUACGGAAGUCCAACGUUUGGGUCUAACAUGUCAUAUCCUGGCAGCCCAUUGGCUCAUCAUGUUAUGCAAAACUCUCUUUUGGCACCUCUUAGCCCUAUGAGACGAGGUGGUGAAGCUAAUAUGCGAUAUCCCUCUGCAACAAGAAACUAUUCGGGAGCUUUGGAUUCAUGGCCCAUGGGUCCUAGUUUGGAUGAAAGCUUUGGAUCUUCAUUACUGGAAGAGUUCAAAAGCAACAAAACAAGAGGUUUCGAGCUUUCUGAAAUAGCUAGCCAUGUUGUAGAGUUCAGUGCGGAUCAAUAUGGGAGCCGGUUUAUUCAGCAGAAACUCGAGACAGCAACAACUGAUGAGAAAAACAUGGUUUAUGAGGAGAUCAUGCCAGAAGCUCUUGCCCUGAUGACUGAUGUUUUUGGAAACUAUGUAAUUCAAAAGUUCUUUGAGCAUGGACUACCUUCUCAGAGGAGAGAAUUAUCAGAGAAGCUCUUUGACAACGUUUUGGCUCUUAGCUUACAGAUGUACGGCUGUCGUGUUAUCCAAAAGGCAAUCGAGGUGGUUGAUCUAGACCAGAAGAUUAAGAUGGUGAAAGAGCUUGAUGGACAUGUGAUGCGGUGUGUACGCGAUCAGAAUGGGAACCACGUGGUUCAGAAGUGCAUCGAAUGUGUGCCUGAAGAAAACAUUGGAUUCAUUAUUUCGACUUUCUUCGGUCAAGUUGUGACCCUCUCCACUCACCCAUAUGGCUGCCGUGUUAUACAGAGGGUAUUGGAGCACUGCCAUGACCCGGAUACUCAGAGUAAGGUUAUGGAAGAAAUCUUGUCUACUGUUAGUAUGCUGGCCCAAGAUCAGUAUGGAAACUAUGUUAUUCAGCAUGUGCUGGAGCACGGAAAGCCUGAUGAGCGUACUGUGAUAAUCAAAGAGCUUGCUGGGAAGAUUGUUCAGAUGAGCCAGCAGAAGUUUGCCUCAAACGUUGUUGAGAAAUGUUUGACUUUUGGAGGCCCAGAGGAAAGAGAACUGCUUGUGAAUGAGAUGCUGGGCACAACUGAUGAAAACGAGCCUCUUCAGGCGAUGAUGAAGGAUCAGUUUGCAAACUAUGUGGUGCAAAAAGUUCUAGAGACAUGCGAUGACCAACGUCGUGAGCUGAUACUUACCCGUAUCAAAGUGCAUCUCAAUGCGUUAAAGAAGUACACUUAUGGGAAGCAUAUCGUUGCUCGUGUUGAAAAACUCGUCGCUGCUGGAGAGAGGAGAAUGGGGUUGCAGCCUCAAGCUCAGAUGGCGUAA